AUGCGCCUCGUCCUCGCCGUCUCCGCGCUGCUUCUCGACGCUGUCGCCAGCGCCAAAGACCGCUGCACGGCCAUCCUCGUGGGCGCGCAGGCGUCGACCUCCGGCUCGCCCAUGACGACCCACAGCAACGACUGCCCGGACUGCGACUUUCGCCUCGCCAAGAUCCCUGCCAUAGAAUACGAGGCCGGCGCGAUGCGGCCGGUCUUUGCUCCGACGUCGCAGUACCCACGCUACGUGGGAAGCGAUCGCGGGCCCGUGUACGCACCCGAAAAGCUGGAUGACCGCUUUUACGACUGGACCGCGUCGCAGCCGAUUGGUCAGAUUCCGCAAGUGAACGCCACGUACGGGUACCUCGAAGGCGUCUACGGCAUCAUGAACGAGCGCCAGCUCGCGAUGGGCGAGAGCACAUGCGGUGCGCGGUUCGUGUCGCGGCCCAUCUCGGACGGCGGGCUCGCGCUCCUCGACAUUACCGAGCUCGGCCGCAUCGCGCUCGAGCGGACAACGACGGCGCGGGAUGCUAUUCUGCUCAUGGGUCGCCUCGCCGAGACCUACGGGUACUAUGGCUCGGACUGGGACACCGACGACGCAUAUGCGAGCGCCGGCGAAGCGCUCACGAUCACCGACACGACCGAGGCCUGGAUGUUUCACAUUUUGCCGGACGACACGGGCGCGUCCGCGCUCUGGGCUGCACAGCGCGUGCCAAGCAACCACAUUGCGGUGGUUGCCAACGAGUUUGUACUGCGGGAAAUCCACUUUGACGACGCAGACAACUUUCUCUCGUCGUCCAACCUCCGCGACGUCGCGGCGCGCAGCGGGUUGUGGGAGCCGACCUUGCCAUUCGACUUUACAAAAGCGUUUGCGUACACAGAGUCGACCUCGGAUGCGUCGACGCGCCGCGUGUGGCGUGUCUUCAACCUCGCCGACCCGUCCAACGCGCUGAGCCCGUUCACGGACUUGUACGCAAGCAACUAUCCGCUCUCGAUUCAACCGGCAAGUCCGCUCUCCGCCCACGACCUCAUGGCUUUUCAGCGCGACCACUUUGAAGGCACGGCCUUCGACUUGACCCAGGGACCGGCCGCCGGUCCCUUUGGCGACCCAGAGCGCUACAGCACGGCACAGAGCGGCGGCCGCUUUGAGCGCAGCAUCGCCGUGGCCGCGUCCACGUACUCGUUUGUCGCGGUGCCGACGGCCACGUCGCAAGCCCUCGGGCUUCUCUGGUUUGGCGCCUAUGCGCCGGACGCCAACACGUACAUCCCGCUGCAUGUCCGCAUCUCAGAGGUGCCGGCGCUUUUAAGCCAAGGCUCGCUGCGGGCGUUUGACUUGAACGUCACCUUUUGGCUCCACGCGGUCCUGGGCAACUACGCGGCUCGCUACUACAAGUUUGCGCACCCCGUGAUUGCCGAGACGCAGGGCGCGCUCGAGUCGGCCAUGCGCUCGACGCUCAAGGACGUCGACCGUGUGGCGCCGGCGCUGCGAGAUCUCCAGGGCGACGACGCCAUGGUGGCAUACUUGACGACCAACGCCGACGUGGCUGUAACGCAAGCCCACGACGUCUUCUUGGCGCUUUUCACGAGCGUCGUCACGCGCUUCCACGACGGCUACGUCAUGGCCAACGCGACAAGCGAGCACUUGAGCGCCACGCCGAUGGGGUACCCCGACUGGUACCUCAAGAGCGUCGGGUACUACGACCCGCUCGGCGGUGCCAGUGCAUCGUCCGUCGGCGCGAUCGUGUUUCUCGUCCUCGUCGUCAUCAUCGCGCUCAGCGUCGGUGCCGGCUUUUACGUCGGCCGCGUCCGCGCUGCCAAGAAGCGCGGGUAUGCUUACAUUCAAUAAACCACUCGAGAAUGACGACACAC